AUGGGUUCCUCACUGUCCGCUAAACAACGAGCCUUUUCUCAAGACCUCCUCUUUUUACUCACUAAAGAAGGACACUCUGUUACAAAGAAGGAGGUUGAAGAUUUAGUAAAAACUAUUGAUGAUGUAUGUCCCUGGGUCCCUGAAAGUGAAACCCUUAAGUUGGAGGACUGGGUGAAAAUUGGUGGCCGUUUCCAAGAUCACCCUCGGGUGACGGCCAGAGUUCUGUUUACAUGGUGCAAGGUCCGAGCAUGUUUGAAAGGGCUUACACCGAACAAUAUUUUGUUUAAUCAACAAAUGAAGCUACACCCGUCACCUAUGGCUUCGCUGCCGCAACUUUUGCUGCCUGCCUCCGUACCACCUUAUGCCCCGUCUUUAAAAACGGAUGAGCGGCACUUUGCAUCUCAUAAACCACCUGAUGAUCUUGACAUGGACACUGGGGAUCCUGGGUUUUCCUUAGCCCCCGUCAUACAGCCGGACCGCUCGGCCACCUUUGUGGCAGCUGUUUCCGCCGCAGUUCUGGAAGAAGGGGACAUUACUGCGAGUUCUAUGGCCUUUCCUGUCAUUAGAGGUGUCCCCGCUCAUGGCAAUGCCCCGGCGGUUCCGGACAGAUAUGACCCGUUGCCUCUUCAAGUGAUAAAAGAACUGCAACAUUCUAUAAAAGACAAUGGCAUUCAAGCCCUAUAUACAAGGGCUAUAAUGGAGAAUUUGUCUAUGCAGCGUUUGGCUCCGGCAGACUGGAAGAUGUUAAUUCGGUCCCUCCUUCCACCCGCUCAAAGUUUGUUAUGUUUGGAAGAGUGGCGACAACUGGCGCAAGAGCAGGCUGCCAUGAAUGCUCUCACCAAUCCUCCCAUUGAUAUAACAAGAGAUAUGUUGUUGGGGGAAGGGGCCUUUCAGACUGCGGCCCGUCAAACAGCCUUGACAGAUCAGGCUUUGACUCAGACAGCCACCAUAAUUGUAAGGCUGUGGAAAAAGAUCCCGGAGCCGGGGGAGAAUACCUUGUCUAGUUUUGCCAAUACACCCCAAGCAGCUAAUGAACUAUAUACUGAGUUUGUUAAUCGAUUGUUGAGAGCUGUUGAGCGUCAAAUCGAAAGCCCCAGGGCUCGGAAAUUGCUGUGUAAGCAAUUAGCUUACGAAAAUGCUAAUGAGGACUGUAAAGCCGCUCUUUCCCCAAUAUAUAAUAAUCCUGAUACUGACAUACAGACAAUGUUAAGAAUUUGUCAAAAUGUCGGCUCUCAGACCCAUAGUGCGCACCUCCUGGCGGCAGUUAUUCAGACCAUGCAAGAGGCUCGUAACCCUGCAGCUGGUAAAAAAUGUUUUGGAUGUGGCAAAGAAGGGCAUUUUAGAGCACAGUGUAGGUCCAGUCCUAAUGGCCCUGCUCGACCUUCAAAGAAGUGCCCUAUUUGCCACAAAGGCUAUCAUUGGGCCAAUCAAUGUCGUUCUCACCAGCCCAUUGGGGUCGAUUUUCCUCCUCAGCAACUUUCCUAUCAACAUCAACAGCCUCAGCAGGGAAAUGGGACAUCGGGCCGGCCCCAGGCCCAGGGCAAAUAG